AUUGAAGGUUUGGUUGGAGGCAUUUUCAAACAGAUUGGUUAUUCUCUGUUUAUGAAGUCCUUGGCUUUAGAAUAAUGCAUUUGACAUGAAUUUACAAUACUCCAUGAGUACAUUGACAUAUAUAUAUAUACUAGAUAUGAGUGGAACUACUAUACAGCAUCUUAAAAAAGUUAUUUGUAAAAGUUUCAAACUUUGCUGAGAAAUGACAAGUUGUUAGACCUUAGAGGCUUCUGUUAGGAAAAUUCAUUAUCUAAAUUAUGGAUGAGAAACCGUCAUAUUACUUCACCAUGGAAGGUGAUGUACAAAGUGAAACUCUGCAGUUCAAAAGACACGGCCAGAAAGUCUGGGAUAAAAGAAAGAAGGAAAAGGAUUCAUAUAGUUUUCCAGAGAAUCUUUGGGAUUUGUUUCGAAGCGUUCAACGCAAUGAUGUCAAAGCCAUUGAAAGACUCACAGCCAAGGGGAAGAUAGACCUGACACAGAGAGGAGCUGCUGGGGAGAGUCUUCUUCAUGUCGCUGCUUUACGUGACCACUAUGAGGCAGCCAUAUUGCUUUUGGAGAAGGAGCCAUCGUUGGUCGAUAUGGCAUAUGAGAGUAAACUUUAUUUUGGUGAGACUGCUCUACACAUUGCCAUUAUUAAUCAGAACUUGCGCCUGGUACAAGCUUUGGUGGAGAAAGGAGCACACCUGGAGAAAUCACGAGCUGUUGGGAGAUUCUUCACCCCUUGUGAUGACUGCCAAUGUUACUAUGGGGAGUUCCCUUUAUCUUUUGCUGUGUGCACGGGGCAGCCUGACAUUGUGAAGUAUCUUGUAGAAAAGGGAGCGUCACUAAAUGCCCAGGAUCACCAUGGCAACACAGCAUUACAUUUGCUCGCCUUAAAAGAAAGUAUUAAUCCAAAAUCUGCAAAAAAAAUGUAUGACAUCAUAAUCUCACUGGAUCCUGAUGAUAAACUGAAGUUGAACAGCAUCAGGAAUAUUCUUGGCUUCACCCCCUCCCAGUAUGCCACCCAUCUUGGCCAUGUAGAGUUGGUUGAGCACAUCCUGUUUCGCCGACAACAAGUACUUUGGACUUAUGGGUCAGUUUCUACGGUGAUAUACGACCUUGAAGACAUUGAUACAUUCCAUGAUGGAAAAUGUCAGGAUGGCAGUCUCUUGGAACUUUCUGUCAAAUGUGCACAUAAAAAUGCAUCCAAAUUUCUCUCAAUACAACCACUUGGCGAGAUACUUCAACAUAAGUAUCUGAGCAUGAGGCCAUGGGUCUACAGUGGCGCCAUCUUUUAUGUAAUCUACAUGACAUUACUGACAUUAAUCGCAUAUUACCGUCCCCUUCCCAAACCAACCAUAGAGACAGUAACCAUAUCUAAUGCUUCAGGGUUGUUUAAUAUCACACGUUUCAUACCAAACCCUGACAGAAGAAUUACUCUGUUUGAUGCAUAUGAUACAAGAGAAAGCUCUAAUAAUGCCAGAUUGGUAGCUGAAGUGAUAGUUCUAGCUUGGUGGGCUGUUAUUACCAUUGGGGAGUGCCUGGACCUCAACUGGCUUGGCUGGAGAUUAUAUUUCCUUGGUAAAGGAUGUGGAGCUUUCAACAUUUUAAGAUGGGUCCACAUAAUUAUUUUCCUGACCACUGCCAUAUUACGUGUCUUCUGCCACCCAAGAGAGGAAAUCGCCCUUGCUCUACUGAUGCUUACAGGCUGGGCAUAUAUGUUGUUUUACAGCAGAUUGUUUGCUAAACUGGGGCCAUAUGUUGUCAUGCUAGAGACAAUACUAUGUAGAGAUAUGCUUAGGUUUAUAUCAGCAUAUUUCUGCAUUCUCAUUGGUUAUUCAGCAGCUUUUGUGGUGAUGUACUCAGAUGUCCAGUUGCUAGGCAACACUGAAUUAUUUGGAGAUUUUGGGCUCUCCAUGUUGACUCUGAUCAAAGCCAUUGUAGGCCUACAGGAGCUGCCUCUCAGUGUGUUCAACCUUUGCCCCACCCCCUCACUCGCCAUUGUGGUAUAUGUGAGCUACCUCAUACUAGUUGCCAUUCUGUUUGUGACAUCACUGGUUGCUAUGGUAACACAUACAUAUGAUAAAGAAUAUGAAAAUCACAUUCUGCUGUGGAAGAAACAGGUUUUGUUGCUGGCGCUGCAGAUGGAGCAGAAGAUUCCAAGUUUUCUUAGAAAGAGCACAGGAAUAAAUGGAGUCAAACUAGGUCUAACCCCAGACAAGAGUUAUUUCAAAAUCAUCAAAAAAUCCUCCACAAUUCGCAAAAUACAAUUAAUCAGGAAUCCAUCUACUUUGAUACGUGAAGUUGACACAAGAAAACAUAAAAAGAACCCCUGGGUGAAUUCUAAUGGAAAAGGCACAAGUUCCAAUCGCCAUCCCCAAAACAAACAGAAAGAAGCUGAUACUGGGGUGAGGUUGGUAUCAGAGUCAUAUGAUAAACCUUCUGUUGACGUUGCUGACAUUGCAGUGGAUGGGCAUGAUGUGGAAUCACAUCCAAAUGAUGUGGAAAAAGAACCGGUCGCUGCAGUGGAUGCAGUAACUGUCAAUAUGGCAUCGAUUCAAGAGGACACUGGGCAACAAACAGACCUGGAAAAUACUAAAUUUUAAAUGACUACAAAUGUUUUUUCUUCUGUCUAUAGAUUUGGAUAUGUCAAGGAUGAGACCCCUUGGAAUGAGUUCCUUUAUCCAUUAUGAUAAAUAGUGCUAAUGGAUCUCUCCAUGCCCUCUCCAUGAGUUUAAACAACUCGAGAAACAUUUUACAAGAGAACCCAACAACAACGGGCAAUAUAUUUUGACAAAGAUGACAUCAAAUGGAACAAAGCAUACAACAAAAUACAGUCAAAAUAAGAGCAUACAAUACAAAGUGGUCCAAACAUGGACUUCAAAUAAUGAUUAGAAGUCCAUGGUCCAAAGAAUGAUUUACUUCAACAAAAUAUUACACAGCUUGAAAUAAAUGAAAUAUGUCACAUUAGAGAGAUUUUGCAAUCAUUUAUUGCAUGUUUAUGAUAAUAUCACACAUAUGGGCAUAUAUAGUUGCACAGUCAAUGAUGACGUAAUCAAACGCUUCAUAAGUUACUGUUAGGAAUGCUAUAAGUAUUCUCAAUAUUUCCUGGGAUACCCCAACAUGCAAAAGGAUCCCCAGCUAUUUGUUCAACAAAUCGAAAACAAUUCGUAUAUCUUAAUAAAAUGAAAGUACCAAACGAACAAGCAUUUACAUGUAGGAAGCAUCUAAAGAGUCAACACAACGUUCAACAACAAUAUAUUGCAACAAAAUUCAAAAUGAUUCUACAAUUCUACAUUCAAAAAUGAAACUACACAGGACCAAGUGUUUGAAAGCGUUGAUAAUAAUCCGCACCCAAUAAACUGUUGCCCUUUACAUAUACAAUACAAACUGUGACUUAUAAGACCUAUAUCUACAAUAACUCCCCACAGUGCUACAUCGGAGCAUCUUCAAAAAUUGCACAAAGGUUAAACGGUAUAGUUCACAGUAUCAUAAAAUAUUUAUUAUUUAAAAUAUCUGUAAUCUGUACAUAAUGGAAUCAUACAUUCAUACUAAAAAAGUAUACUGUAUACAUUUACUAAAUGUCAAUAAAGC